CAACAAACUGCAGUAUGUGUAUUCCUUUCACGGCCGACAAAAAGCAGUCCGGCUGAUGUGAAAUGAUGACUUAGCUGAGCGCGUUACAGGUGACUGGAGACAGCUGGAAGCGUCUGGGAGCAGAAGGGGCGCAGCAGACGGACCUAAACCAGUGAAUCCUCCGCACCGUGAGCCGGAGGUGAACCCCCCAAAAAACCCGUGAGUGCUGCCCGGGACCAGCACGUCACCUGAAUGACGGGAUAUGAGACAAUGAAGCAACUAGGGACGACAGGGAUAAAACGAGUCCAAGUCACGGAAGUGGAAAGGCGCGUGCAAUGACGGACGGCACAAGGGACAGAGAAGAGGUAAAGCAGAGGAAAGUUAUCUAGCUCAUUAGUGGGGCUCCUGGUGUCGGAUAAGAAAACAGAAUAAAAGACAGAACAGAUGUGCCAAGUGUGCGCAACUCUAUAAACCAAUCAAACGGGGGAAGCCGAUUUAUUUUCAAAGACAAGUCUCGAGCCAGAAGGAGAGAAAAUCAUGGAGCCGGAGGGGAGCACUGAGGGACAAGGCGCUAAUUUGGCACAAUCUGCCGCCUCCAAACUGUCCCAGAUGGGCGAAAGAACUAAACAACUGGGCAAUGUAAUCCAAGACCCAGAGCGACAGAAACGGAUUAUUCUCGUAAUAGUCUGUAUUGCACUUUUGUUAGACAAUAUGCUUUACAUGGUGAUAGUGCCAAUUAUACCCGAUUACCUUGAAGGGCUACAGAAAGCAGCUGAUCAUGCCCACGCUGUUGCACCGCACACCAACUCCACCAACAGCACCGUCCGCAAAGUUGCAGAGGGCAACUUUGACCUACAGAUCGGUGUCCUUUUUGCCUCCAAGGCCAUCGUGCAGCUCCUGGUGAACCCACUGAGUGGAACGUUUAUAGACAGGGUCGGGUAUGAUAUCCCACUCUUCAUCGGUCUCAAUGUCAUGUUUCUCUCCACUCUUAUUUUUGCCUUCGCUGAAAAUUACGCGACUCUGUUCCUGGCGCGCAGCAUGCAGGGCCUCGGAUCGGCUUUCGCGGACACCUCCGGGAUCGCCCUGAUCGCAGACAGGUACACGGAGGAAAAGGCGAGGAGCAAAGCGCUGGGUAUUGCCUUGGCUUUCAUCUCUUUUGGGAGCCUCGUGGCGCCCCCGUUUGGAGGGGUCCUUUACGAGUUUGCAGGGAAGCGUGUGCCCUUCCUGAUCCUGGCCUGUAUCUGCCUUAUUGAUGGGGUUUUCUGUCUGACUGUACUGAAACCUUUCUCCAACAAAGAGAGAGAAAACAUGCCGGUGGGCACCCCCAUCUACAAACUGAUGAUUGACCCUUACAUAGCUGUGGUGGCUGGUGCUCUGAUCAUCUGUAACAUCCCUCUGGCCUUCCUUGAGCCAACUAUCGCCAACUGGAUGGAGGAAACCAUGCAUUCCUCCCAGUGGGAGAUCGGCAUGACAUGGUUCCCUGCCUUCUUUCCUCAUGUUUUAGGUGUGUAUCUGACUGUCAAGUUAGCAGAAAAGUACCCUCAUCUGCAGUGGUUCUAUGGAGCUAUAGGUAUGGUGUUCAUCGGCGCGAGUUCCUGCACGGUGCCAGCCUGCAAAAACUUUGGACAGCUCAUGAUCCCGCUGUGCGGAAUCUGUUUUGGCAUCGCCUUCGUGGACACUGCGCUCCUGCCCACACUGGGCUUCCUGGUGGAUGUGCGCCAUGUGUCGGUGUACGGCAGCGUGUAUGCAAUCGCAGACAUCUCCUACUGUGUGGCCUAUGCCCUGGGGCCCGUGGCUGCUGGACAGAUAGUGCAUAAUCUGGGCUUUGUGCAGCUCAACUUGGGCAUGGGCCUCGCCAAUGUACUUUACGCACCGGCGCUCCUACUGCUGAAAAACGUGACACAGAUGAAACCUUCCUUCUCUGAGCGUAAUAUGCUCCUAGAGGAUGGUCCAACAGGACUGUAUGAUACGAUUAAGAUGGAGCAGCGGGAGAAAAAGAGAAAGGGGUUGUGUACAACGAUCGACGAGAAUGGUAUUGAAACCUUUGCACAGCGGUCGUUUUCAGAGGAGGAAUCCUCAGGGGGAGAGUAUGCGUAAAAGACCUUUAACUGAGUGUAAACUAUCAAAGUGCCAAUGUAGAGUUGUGUGCAUUCUGUCAGAUUCAAUCAACUGCUUAACACGAUUAGGAUUGUGUAACAGGCUAAAUUAUUCACUGCUUCUGGUGACGGUCCCUGCGGGGAUUGUCAGAUCAAGUAGCUUCAAGCUUUCGCGGUAGAAAGGCGCGCGCUGGCGUUUGUUCAUCUUCAAGUGAGAGUCUCGUGAGUGGAGUUUUGUUGAGGUAAAUGUCAAAGUCAUUAACCGUAUUUAGCACUGUAUCAGAAACUGACUCAUAUCAUAUUCAGGGAUUCUGUGUAAAUGUAUUUUAACAAACCAACAGCUGUAAUGUUUGCGUCUUUUAGUGUGAUCUGUGUUCAUUUUGCCAGAGUUGUGCUGCUAAACUGAAUAUGCAAUACCGACUGUGUGUGUUUUAGAGAGAAGCGACGGAUGGACAUGGAGUGAAAUCUGCAUCUUGUUGUCUGUUUAUUUUCUUUAUUUUGGAUAAUGUACUUCUGGAAUGCAUAGCCUCGUAUUAUAACAAAGACUGUACAUAGAUGUAUAUUCAUGUACAUAAUUAAAUGAA